GUGUCUUCUUUAUUUCUAAGAUUGGAUGGAUCCUUGCUCAUAUGCUUACCAAAAUGUUUGUGUAGGUGUUAUAUAAAUGUAUAUCUAUAAUAUGCAUAUGCUGUGGGCCACCUCAAAAUAUUUUAUUGCUGCUGGCAGACAGAGCCAACAGCAGGCAAUAUGAGUAUUUGCAAAUUUGCAUUGGCAAAGCUGCUCAAAACUAAAUAACAAACAGAUGAUGUAUGGGUUUUCAGGAAGCUGUGCCAUUGUGUGUUAGGUGCCAUGGAGACAUCUCUUAAUGGUAAUACAUCCGUGAACUUUUGCAAUAUGACCCUGGAGGAAAGUGUUGGCUACAAAGAAUUCUCCUCUGCUAGGAGUUAGCUUCUACCUGAGACACACUCGGGGUGAAACUGCUGAUGAAGAUGAUUCUUAGCUACCAUGCUGUGAUAAGUUAAUUACAGAGGAACAGCCCGAUGGAUGCAGUUUGUCUUGGCUGCACUGCACAGAUUUAUAAUGGGAAGAAAGGUGAUGGUAUCUUCCGAGCAGCACAGCUGAAUUACUGCUAUUCUCCUGCAGGCUAAUAUGGGAGCAAGUGCCUCCCUUUCAGUUUGUAAAUCAUUAUCUUCUAUUCAAGUCAGGCACACAACAAGUAAAGUCUCACCAGAUCCACAGUUCAGCAGAGAAAGAGCAUUCGGUAUACCUCUAGAGGCUCUCACAAAGAAUGCAACACAGUGUGGAGUCCCCUUUCUUGUCACACAGAUGGUAGAGUAUCUAGAAGUAUUUGGUCUGCAGCGUGUUGGUAUAUUUCGAAUCAGUGGCUCAGUGAAUAAAAUCAAGGAACUGAAGCAGAAGUACAAUCAGGGAGAAGAAGUAGACCUCAUUAAUCAUGGAGAUGUUGAUUCCGUAGCCAGCCUUCUGAAACUGUUUCUAAAUGAACUGCCAGUGGCUGUUCUUCCAGACAACGUCUGUGCUGGCAUGCUAAAAACUUUCCAAGAGCACAGGAUCAACACAACAGAAUGCAUAAAGAAUCUGAGACAGUUAAUUAGCUGUCUUCCCAAAGCACAUCAAAACCUUCUCCAGUUCCUAUCUGCAUUCCUGUUAAAGGUAGCAACGUACAGUGCAGUGAAUUGCAUGACUCUGGAAAAUUUAGCCAUUGUGUUUGGACCUGCUCUUUUCAAGAUUCCCGUCAGUCCCUUGGCUUGUGAAGAACAAAGGCUUUACAAUGGCCUCCUGCUGUAUUUGCUUCAGCACUAUGAGAUGCUUUUUGUUGAUGUGAGCCCUUGUUUCUCACCAAGACAAGCAGAUGGCCUCCAGUAGCAAGAGGAAAUUGGAAAUGUUUUGGAAAAGCCAAGAGACUUGGCAUUCUAUUUCAAUGACUGUUUUAGAAGGAACUUCACUCCCUGUAAUUCUGCAGAAUGUCACAAUCUGUCUAGGCUUGUGGUGAUGUGGGAAAGAAGUAUUGUGAAAAAAAUCCUUUCAAGUUCUUUAAUAAAAGCCCAGAUGAAGCAUAGCCAUGAGGCACUCUCCUGCUCUGAGGUAAGCUUAUGAAAGAAAUCCCAUCUGUGGUGAGAAGGGAAUUCAGAAUUCUGUGGUUGAUCUUGCUUUUGUAAUUUCUGGCAGGAAAUCCAGCAUAUUGGAUAGGUACUCUUCAUCUUUCAUAAUAUAACAAUUGCUAAAAGUCCACCAAAUGAGAAACAUGAAAGUUAGGUUUACAAAGUAAACACAAUCAACGUGCGUGAACUAGUUCCAGCAAAGCAAGCAAAAAGUGAAAUGGCAAACCUGGCUCAGAUCCUUCGUUGCUUCCUGGAAAUGAAACUUGCUUUUAUUGGCAGUUUCUCCUGAAGUAACUUGAAGCAGUUACAUUGAUGUUUGCAUUUUCAACUAUUUAAUUUGAAGGAUCUUUUUAUUGUUGUUGGGGUGUGCUUUUCGUAGAAGAUUACUCCAUAGAAGCUAAUUAAAUUAUAAAUCAAACCUUGCGAGUAGUGAUUUGUCAUACACUUUGUCAUCAUCAUUUCCAAAUCUUAU